GACCCCAGGCAGUCAGAGAGUCGCUGUGACAUUUCUCCAACUGCUCCCCAGCAAGGAUAAAAGCUCUUUGAAGAUUCUGGGCCUUACCGCUUACCCUCAGGCAAGACCAUCAGGCUUGCCUUAGUGCCCACAAGUCGGGAGGGGCGGCAAAUUUUUAACUAGACCCGUUAAUCAUUAAUAGCAGGUAAAAAGGAGUCCAAACUCAGCCUCACUCAGGGCCAUAGACCAGCCGGCCCCAGGUCUCUUAUGGAGAUGCUGGGCCCUCGAAUCUGGGUCUCUGUGCAACAGGGGCUGAGCAGGGGCCUGUCCAGGAAUGUGAAGGGCUGGGCCUCAGGGGAGGGAAGGAAGGUGGACAUUGCAGGUGUCUACCCCCCUGUGACGACUCCCUUCACUGCCACCGCAGAGGUGGACUAUGGGAAACUGGAGGAGAAUCUGUACAAAAUGGGCACCAUCCCCUUCCGAGGCUUUGUGGUCCAGGGCUCCACGGGCGAGUUCCCCUUCCUGACCAGCAGAGAGCGCCUGGAGGUGGUGAGCCGCGUGCGCCAGGUCAUACCCAAGGACAAGCUCCUGCUAGCAGGCUCCGGCUGCGAGUCCACUCAAGCCACAGUGGAGAUGACUGUCAGCAUGGCACAGGUCGGUGCCGAUGCUGCCAUGGUGGUGACCCCUUGCUACUUUCGUGGCCGCAUGACCAGCGCCGCCCUCAUUCACCACUAUACCAAGGUUGCUGACCUCUCUCCAAUCCCUGUGGUGCUGUACAGUGUCCCAGCCAACACGGGGCUGGACCUGCCUGUGGAUGCAGUGGUCACGCUUUCCCAGCACCCGAAUAUUGUGGGCAUGAAGGACAGUGGUGGUGAUGUGACCAGGAUUGGGCUGAUUGUUCACAAGACCAGCAAGCAGGAUUUCCAGGUGUUGGCUGGAUCAGCUGGCUUCCUGAUGGCCAGCUAUGCCUUAGGAGCCGUUGGGGGUGUGUGUGCCCUGGCCAAUGUCCUGGGGGCCCAGGUGUGCCAGUUGGAGCGACUCUGCCUCACAGGGCAAUGGGAAGCUGCCCAGAAGCUGCAGCACCGCCUCAUUGAACCCAACUCUGCGGUGACGCGGCGCUUUGGAAUCCCAGGGCUGAAGAAAACCAUGGACUGGUUUGGCUACUACGGAGGACCCUGUCGUGCCCCCUUGCAGGAGCUGAGCCCUGCAGAGGAGGAGGCGCUGCACAUGGAUUUCAGUAGCAAUGGCUGGCUCUGAGGGCAAGCAUCAUGAAGGCCUGCAUCAUUUCAGUCUCCUGCCUGGUUCCCAUAGCCUGAAGAGGAGCAGGGGGCAUUAGGGAGCAAGGGCUCCUCUUCCUACUUUCUCCUCCAAGUGGUUUGUCCUAGGCACCUCUGUGCAAUCUCCUUUUCACAGAGCCUGUGACUUCUCAUAUUUGUAUCCUAGAUGCUGAGUCUCUGGAGACUUUCAAACUGGGAAGGAGCAAUCUUGGUCUUUUUACUGUGAAUGCUUUCCUCUGUUCCAAGUCCCAUGAACUAGGGAGCCGAGGGUAAGGGUAGGAGAUGCAACUGGACAGUAAGGACUACUUAAACUGGGGCCUACAAACCUGAAUCUAGCACAAUAUGGCUGGAAGCCAGGGCUACGCCUAAGCACAUAGCACUGAUUCCUUCCAGAGGAAGCACCAGGUUAGAAAACCUGAACGGGAAAGUGUCACUGGUCUUUGAAAGGUUUCCGAGCUGCAUUCUAGCCACAAAGUCCUUUCCUAAAUCUAUUUUCAUUCAUUUCAUAUUCUUGUCUCUAGCUUUGAUUCCCAGCACUGAGUGUCCAGCGACUUGUCAGAUUGGUAAAUAAUGACACCUGGUGGAUAAACACCCAGUCUGCAUUCUAGAAGACUAUUCUGACCAGCCCAGUUCUGAAACGCAAGGAAGAGGGACUUGGCCUGAGACAGGGCUAUCCUCUUGUCUAUAGGCACCAUACUAUUUUUUGUUUUGUUUUGUUGGUACGGGGAUUGAACCCAGGGUGAGUGCUACCACUGAGCUCUAGCCCCAUCCCAAUAUCCUACUUUCAUUAUUAAAAAUAAUCAGUUUGUUACUAUAAUAAUAAUAAUAAUAAUAAAGUUUAACAAGUAAAACCAAUGUGGCUAUGUACUAGGU